CUGUUUGACCAUAGGCCACCACACCACCUCCAUCUCCUUCUUCCCUUCUUCCUCAAAUCUGCUCUAAUGUUUCCUCUUCUAAUAAAUACUAGUAUAAUAUGUUUCGCCAUUACAGAGUAUAUUUCCUCCAAUAUAUAUUCCUCCCUUUUUGCUCAAUUUACGUCUAUGGCUGAUCAUCCUCACUGAUCCUCUCUUUUUUGAAUAUUCAAAUCCCUUGAUUUUUGAGACAUAAAGUUGGAAUCUUUGGGGUUUUUUCUUGUGCUUUUAAGAAAUGGGUAGCUGUUUUUCAACCUCAAAAGUCAGUGGCUCCAAUAGCAGCACUUCGGUCAACAACCGCCGCUCCUCCGCCGCAGCCAAGCCACCAGCCUCAGGGGCUCCGGAAUCUGUACCUAGGAAGCAAGAGAGCUCUAACAAUGAUCGCAAUCGGAGAGCAAGAGAGAGCCACAAGAGUCAGCAGCAGAAGAAGCCAUCUCACCACAAUCUCAAGAGUUCUUCCAAGAGGCCAACUGGGGCGAUUCCAUGUGGGAAAAGAACAGAUUUUGGAUAUGAUAAGGAUUUUGAUAAGAGGUAUACGAUCGGGAAAUUGUUGGGACACGGCCAAUUUGGUUAUACAUAUGUUGCGAUUGAUAAGUCCAAUGGAGAUCGUGUUGCUGUCAAGAAAAUAGACAAGGCCAAGAUGGUUCUUCCGAUUGCUGUCGAAGAUGUCAAGCGGGAGGUCAAGAUAUUGAGGGCUUUAACUGGCCAUGAGAACGUGGUCCACUUCUAUAAUGCUUUUGAAGAUGAUUCUUAUGUCUACAUAGUGAUGGAGUUGUGUGAGGGCGGAGAACUGCUAGACCGUAUCCUAUCAAAAAAGGAUAGCCGAUACACUGAGAAAGAUGCAGCAUUUGUUGUAAGGCAGAUGCUAAAAGUUGCAGCUGAGUGCCAUUUACAUGGUCUUGUACACCGUGAUAUGAAGCCGGAGAAUUUUUUAUUUAAGUCUCCAAAAGAGGAUUCACAUCUGAAGGCCACAGAUUUUGGUUUGUCAGACUUCAUUAGACCAGGAAAGAAAUUCCAAGACAUUGUUGGCAGUGCAUAUUAUGUAGCUCCAGAGGUAUUAAAACGUAAAUCCGGUCCCGAAUCAGAUGUAUGGAGCAUUGGUGUAAUUACUUACAUCUUGCUGUGUGGAAGGCGGCCAUUCUGGGACAAAACCGAGGAUGGCAUAUUUAAGGAGGUUCUGAGGAACAAACCUGACUUUCGCCGUAAACCAUGGCCUGGGAUUAGCAAUGCUGCAAAAGAUUUUGUCAAGAAAUUGCUAGUAAAAAAUCCUCAAGCACGGCUUACUGCGGCCCAGGCCUUGUCACAUCCUUGGGUUCGAGAAGGAGGCGAAGCUUCGGAGAUUCCUUUAGACAUCUCCGUUCUAUCUAACAUGAGGAAAUUUGUGAAAUACAGUCGAUUUAAGCAGUUUGCUCUUCGGGCAUUGGCUAGCACACUCGACGAAGAGGAAAUAUCGGAUCUACGAGAUCAGUUUGACGCGAUUGAUGUGGAUAAAAAUGGUGUCAUCAGUCUUGAGGAAAUGAGACAGGCCAUGGAGAAGGAUCUUCCUUGGAGAAUGAAGGACUCACGAGUUCUUGAAAUCCUUCAAGCGAUUGAUAGCAACACCGAUGGACUUGUAGAUUUCUCAGAGUUUGUUGCAGCCACCCUACACGUCCAUCAGCUGGAGGAGCACGAUACGGAGAAAUGGCACCACAGGUCGCAGGCAGCUUUUGAGAAAUUCGACGUUGAUAAAGAUGGAUACAUAACUCCGGACGAACUCAAAAUGCACACAUGUCUAAGGGGUUCGCUGGACCCGCUGCUGGAAGAAGCAGACAUAGACAAAGACGGGAAGAUCAGCUUGUCUGAGUUCCGCAGGCUUCUAAGAACUGCUAGCCUGAGCUCUCGGGGCGUGGCAAGCCCAUCUGCGGCUCGAGCUGCUGCCCUCAAGAUGUGAAGGCUCAGCAAUUUUCAUUGGGAGACUGCUGGUUUUUGGUAGUAAGAGCAAGCAAGCCUUCACAUUAUUUUGGCAACAAUGAGGAGUCUGUAAAUAUGUGUUGUUGCUACUUUCAACUGUGGUGUUGUACUAUUAUGAUGUAUGUGAAUAUGUGAUGCUGGCCUGUCAAUGAAAAAUCAUGCAAAUUGUCGAAAAA